AUGGGUUUCCUGGGUCACCAUAUCGAGACAGUUGAUGGUGGCUGCAAAAUUCGGAUUCAGGGGGACUGGACCAGAGAGCGCCGCUUUGAAAUCCCUGAUGAGGAACGCUGUCUGAAGUUCCUCUCAGAGGUCCUUGCUGCUCAGGAAGAGCAAAAGGACUCAUCCAGCUGGUACCAGAAAUUAGACACUGAGGACAACUCUGUUUUUUCAGGGCUUCUUGGAUUUGAGGAUAAUUUUUCAUCUUUGAAUUUGGACAAGAGAAUAAAUUUGCAGAAUCAGCCUACAGGGGUUCAUCGGGAACUGCCACCCCCACCGUCUUCAGUGAAUAGAAUGCUUCCACGUGAAAAGGAAGCUUCUAACAAGGAACAGCCCAAGGUGACCAAUACCAUGUGGAAGCUCUUUGUACCAAACACCCAGUCUGGGCAGCGGGAGGGUCUCAUCAAACACAUCCUGGCAAAGCGAGAGAAAGAAUAUGUCAACAUUCAGACUUUCAGGUUCUUUGUUGGAACAUGGAACGUGAAUGGCCAGUCUCCAGACAGUGGGCUAGAACCUUGGCUGAACUGUGAUCCGAAUCCUCCCGAUAUCUACUGCAUUGGGUAA